AUGGUUGGUCGCCGCUCCGGGUGGAUCAACUGGGAUGCCCUCGGCGACGAGGCGGAGGAGGAUGCUGCCGAGUUGAACUACGACUACGAGUGGCUUGAACCAGAGGUAGAAGUGAUAGAGUCGUAUGGCAACGGUGGAGAAGAAGGGGACGACCACGCCGGACUAGGUGGUCACGGCGACGCGGGACAAGCACAUCACGGACACGGCCAUGUCCUUGACGUCCGUGAAGGACUCGAUGGCCCGCUGCUCGGUGGUCACCAUGGUCUUGCGCACCGGGUGCGGUCCAUCAUCAACAGUGCCAUGGUCGGCGCUCAUGGCGUGGGCGCCAGCAGGGAACACUCAUACUUUGCCAUCUGUCUGAACCAAUGCGAGAAGUCAGUCUUCGUUCGGGCAAUUGAAGACACAUCACACAUGGCACCAGCUUGA